AUGUCGCUCGACUUUUCCAAGGUGGAGAACAACCCGGUGCCGCUUAUCGCGGAGAAGCACAACAAGAACGUGGCGUUUGUCGUGUACCGCAACAAGAACAAGAAUGUGGUCGUGUACGCCGCCAACAUCCGCGAGGACGGCACGCUGGACCCUGAGAACCCUCUGGAUGUGUACUGGAUCAUGUUCGAGCAGGACGGCUGCCCCCGUGAGGAGCUCAACAUGAUUGAGCGCAACACGGCAUACGGCGCCACUGUUAAGCCUCGUGAGGGCCAUCCCGGUGAGUACGAGGUGACGUUGACGUCGCUCAAGGACCGCGUCAUCUAUCUGUCCAUCGUGGACGGCAAGCCCGUGGGUCGUGGCUCCAUUAGCGGCCAGGAAGGCUGCACGCUUGAGCGCGUGUUCGUCCUGUCCACCACGUCGUGGGGCAUGCCCAAGGUGCAGCACAUUGAGAUCCACGGCAAGGAUGCUCAGGGAAACGCCACCAUGGAGAAGAAGAUCCCGUAA